AUGGCUUCCCUAGCGUUCCCGUCCUUUGCCAAGAGGGCGACCCUAUCUGACGGCACGUCGUAUGGCUAUGUCGCUCACCCCUCGUCCAAAGCUGAUGGGAUGACCUUUCUGCUCCUUCAUGGAUAUCCCAGCUCUUGCUAUGACUGGCGUCAUCAAAUCAAAUCAUUGUCAGCCGCAGGGUGUGGGGUUAUUGCUCCAGACUUGCUCGGCUACGGCGACACCGAUAAGCCGGCCGAUCCAACCUCGUAUCGCUUGAAGUCUAUGUCGAUCCAUAUGGCCGAAAUACUAGAUAUCGAAAAAGUCCAACGUUGUGUUGCCGUGGGUCACGAUUGGGGCUGUGGAUUGCUUUCCCGUUUGGUCACAUAUAUCCCUGAUCGCUUGAUGGGUAUUGUGCCGAUCUCAGUCGGGUACAUUCAGCCUGGUCCGGUGGACGUCGAUGCGAUCAACGCAUAUACUGAGAGCCUCGUCGGAUAUCCAACGUAUGGAUACUGGCCGUGGCACAAUACUGACGACGCUGUUAAGGAUUGUGACGAGCAUCCAGCUUCGGCUUUUACACUCAUCUAUGCAGCCAAUCCAGAGGACUGGAAAGUCAAUAUGGCUCCCCUAGGUGCUGCAGCUGAGUACGUCAAGGCCGGUAGAAUUGAUCCGCUGCCGUCAUGGUAUACUCUAGAGGAGUACACACUCAGAGACCGAAUCCUAGCCCAGGGACAUCGCGGCCCAUUGAACUGGUAUAAAGCCGCAAUGCGCGGUGUUAACAACGUUGAUGAAGCCGAAAUCCCAGACGCGGACAGGGGUUGUCAUCUGCCCACACUUCUCGUCGUAAGUGAAAAGGACUAUAUUACGAGGGCAGACAUGAACAUUGCUACUACCAAGGAAUAUGCGCCCGAUCUGCGGGUGAAGAACUUUGCAGACUGCGGACAUUGGAUUCAGCUGGAGCGACCGGACGAGCUGCAUCAACUUCUGGAAGAGUUUGCUCUGGAGCUGGUUGAUAGAAAAGACUCGUGA